CUUGUCUUCCCCGUCCCGUUCCGUGCGGCAACCGUGCGAGCUCGGCGCUCCUCUCCUACCUCUGCAGCAGGCCAGCAGCUCUCAGUUCUGAUUUUCUGAUCGCCGCAGGAACACUCUUCCCGAAGCGGCAGAACCCCCUGCAGUCUGCAGAACGAACACCUGCAGGAGUUCGCCGCACGCCACUGCACGGGCGUCCCUCGCCGCGCCCACUGACAGCGGGCCACACGCCACAGGAGCACGACGACGAGGCGGCGGCGGCGGCGGCGGCGAAAGACGACCGUGCCCGGCGAUCCUCCGUGCGUGCUGCUGCCUGGUAAGCCUGAAGCCUUCAACCGCGUUUACAUCGGCAUAGGCGUAGGCGACUUUCCUCUCGCUACUCGCUUGCUGGCUUCCUUUGAUCGGCUCGCCUCGUCGAGCUCCUCCGGCGUGGACUCCACACUCGCGUCCUGGGGAGAUUCGCACCGGCUUCUCGUCGGGAACUUGGGAGUUGGGAUCGGGGUGGCCUUCGCGAGUUCGUGGAGAGGUGUUCCAAUGGCGUCUUGGUGCCCCACGUCCAGCUAGCGGCGCCGAUUCCAUGCGCUCGCGCUGCAUUGGGGGCCAUUUGUCCAUUUCUUGAGACAUUCAGAGGAACCCCAGCGAUGGAUCCUCCUCGCCGCGCCUUCGAAAAACUGUCCAGAUUUCUCAAACUUCUUCCUGCAGGUUUUCCUUUCAGUUUUCACUCCGACGCUCAAUCCGAAUCCAUUUUUUUUGAUUUUUUUCCCCAGGAAAAAGAAAACGAGAAAAUUUUUUGGGGGCCGAUUCGAGCUGCAUGCGCUGCUUCUCCUUGGCUUGGCGUCCUCGUCGCGCUGUGCUGUGACCGACCCGUACGGCGCCUUUACGGUGAAAUCCUUUGCGCCCAAGUCAAACGUCCCUUUCCGUGCGAUCCGGGGGCCUCGAUUCGCUGUGCGCAUCCAGAUCAGACCGAUGCCGCCGCUCGCUUCAGAUCCAAAAGCGCCGCGCACUGUGUCGCGGCGUGCCCGUCUCGGACGACUCCGGCGAGCUUCGAUCUUCCUUUGCCUGACGGCAGAUUGCUCAACUCGAACCCAAUUUGGAUGCAUCAGGCUGCAUUUCAUACUUGUUUAUCGUCGUCGGCUACCGCUACGUGCUGGUAAACCGCCAUGUCCGUCUUGUGGUUUAGCUCUUCAUCUUUUUGAUGAAUUCUGGGGGUUUGGCUUUUGUAUUUCUUGUCUUCAUCGAACCGAACACGGCCUCCUAGUUCCUAGAUGCUAGAGUUGCUGAUGAGCGAUCGCUGUUUCCCCCUGCUAGCAGCCGCUUCCAGUUGUACUGAAAAUCUGCUUCGGCCACAAAGAUCCAUGGCUCGAUCAUGUGUCUCUGUCGGCCGCAGUGUUCAGUCACCAUGUUCACAGUGCGUUCCUCGAUCGGUUCGUCCAGUGCCCACCAUCUGUUCUUGCCAUGGCCCUGCUCUGAGCCCCAUGCCCGUGUGGAGAGCUUUCUUCCCGCUAGGGGACCGUUCCCGACCUGUCCAUGGCAUGGCGCCAACGGCAUCCCCGUGAUGAGAGUGACCCAGCGCGGUAGCAACAAACCGGGGGGAGUUCCCCAUGGUCCUUGCCUCCAUGGCCGAGCGCAUGCAUGGCCGCGGCACUCGGCUGUCCCCAUCCGGCAUUAUCGGCCGGUGGGGAGCGUGCAUCAUCGGUGCCGUUCGCGUCCUUGAACAGGGCCGGCGGGGUUCCUGCCCCCGCUGGCGACGGUGGUGGUGGUGGUGGUGGGGACUUGGGUUUUUGUCUCUCUCGUGUAAGGUGGUUAAUGCAAGCUUCUACCUCGGCUGAUUAUCCCGGUGGUUGGAUCGUGUCUUGUUGUGGUGGUAGAUCCGCGAGGUUUGGCGUCGCCUCGCCGCGGGGGAGGAGGGGGGGCGUCAGGCGUGGCGCGGUAGCUUGAAGAGAGCCGCGCCGAUGCGGGUGGCACCUCUCGGCGCGCGCGGCUAUUCUUCCUCUUCUUCUUCAUGGACGCCAUCGUGAAGGUUGAGCGGAGGAAGGCUGCCGCUGCGGCGGCGGCUGCGGCCGAUGGCGAGCAGCGACGGCCGCCGCUCGUGCCGUCCGAGAAGAACAAUGCUGCGGCUGUUCCGGCUGGUCGGAGAAGAGAGGCCCCCUCCAGGUUCAAGCCCGUCGCGCCACCGGCUACUCCUCCUGCAGGGAGGUGGUGCGCGUCCCCGAGCCCCGGCCGGGCGUCGGCAGCCGGCGGCUCGGCGACGUGCAACAGAGCGCGGUCGGCUGACAGACCAAGGCCUGCCGCCCCCGCGACUUCAGGUGCCCCGUCUUCUCGGCUGAACCCCUCCACCCUUGCCGCGGCAAGGUCCAGUUCGCCGGCCCGUGACGCGGCCACCGAGGGCGAGGCACACGGACACUGCGCUGCUCCCGGUGCAAGGAAUGCGAAGGCCUCCAAUGGCUUGUGGGCGUCUGCACGGAGCUCGUCUCCCUCCGUCCAGCCAGAGCCCGUGCCAGCAGCUGCAGGCCCUGCCAAGAAGAUAGACAGGCUAGUCCAUGGCUUACCUUCAGAGCAGCAGAAUCAACUGCGGUCAGGAGCUGCGGCUGAGAGGAAGAGGAGUCCUCUUAGGAGGGCCGACAACAUCAGCGACCAAUGUGAGAACGCUCGGCCAUCAGAAUCUCCCGCCAACAGGAUCACUGAGCGACAACGGUGGCCGGGGAUGAUGACCGGCCGGGGCUCUGCUGGCCUCACUUCGACAAGCGCUGCUCCUGCUGAAAGGACUAGCAGGUUUGUCUCUUCACCAAAUGCUUCAUCAGGAUGCUCUCCAAAGAGGGCGCAUUCAUCUGAAGAAAUGGGCAAGAGGAUGAAGCGACCGUUGAAGGAGAUGGCAAUGAUCGUUCACCGGAGAGGAAAGGGUAAUGCAGAUUCUAGCAGUGACAUCUCUUCUCAGACGUCAGAAAGCUCUGAAUCCACUUGUCACCCGAGCAAGGCCAUUUCUUCACCUGUUCCGGUUCUGCACAGAUCGUCGUCACCGAGACAGGGCUUGUCAGCUGCACCAUCUACUUCCAGGUCCUGCCAGAGCCCGUCGCGAACGAGGUCUUCAGCACCUUGCCUAUCAAAAUGUGUCUCUUCAGCUGCUCAAUCAGGUGCUGAACAACCUGUGUUUAACUAUAUCGUUGAUGCUCGGAAAGGGAAGAAGAAUGCAGGCCAGAUUGAGAAUAUCCAUCAACUACGUCUGCUGAACAAUAGAUACCUGCAGUGGCGCUUUGUGAAUGUACAUUCAGAAGAUACAGUACUACCCCAGAAAAAUGGUGUUGAGAACAUUCUUUAUAGUGUUUUGGAAAGUACCUUGACACUGCGUGAUGCUCUAACAAUAACAAGAAUAAAUGUGCAACACCUGCAGCAAGAGCUGAAUCUGUACAACAUUCUAGCAGAGCAGAUUGGUUACCUUGAGCAAUGGCCGGUACUAGAAGAAGAGAGCAGUGGUACUGUAGUUGAGGCGAUCAAGGUUCUUCAAGCAAGCACGUUGUGCCUUCCAGUUACAUCAGGAGCACAGGUUGACGGAGUUUCAAUUAGGAAUGUUAUUAGCUCAGCAGUUGAUGUUAUGCAAGCUUUGAGUUGCUCUAUGUUCUACUUGCAAUCGAAGGUCAGAUUUUAGUUCCCAAUUCUUUGACAAUAUUUUUCCUUUGAUUAUUUGGAACUUCAAAAUCAAUGUAAACUGUUCUCUUUAUAAAGUAACAAUCAUAAACUGCUAAGCCAGUCCGCAUAGUGUGACAAAAACAUGCUGUCAUACCACAUGCAUUGGCGUCACAAGGUGUGCCACGUUGGCAUGCUCCAAAGCGCUCAAAAAGAGUCUGCCAGCGCA